UCUAGCCUCUGUGGCUGUAGCCCCGCCCCCACCGCUUUUGACGUUGGCGGAAGGAAUCGCCCCGCUUGGGGCAGUGACGUCGUGGAGCGGCGGGGCUCGGCCCCGGCCCGAGGCCGGCAGGAUGUCGGGGGCGGCCGAUGCGGAAAUGCUUCAAAGAGCAUCAGAAGAAUUCUCUCCAAAGAUGGAGAUUCCUGAGGAGGAGAUGGAUACAACUGAUACCCAAUGGGGCUGGUUUUACUUGGCUGAAUGUGGCAAAUGGCAUAUGUUUCAGACUGAUUCAAACACUCAGUGUUCAGUUAGCAGUGAAGACAUUGAAAGGAGCUUCAAAAUGAACCCAGAAGGCUCUGUUUCUUUUACUACUGCAAAAUUUAACUACAAGUUAGACUUUUCAGUGAUGAAACAAACCAAUCUGACUACUGGAAAACAGCGUCCAAUAAAGCGAGCUCCCUUUUCUAUCAGUGCUUUCAGUUAUAUCUGUGAAAAUGAGGCUAUCCCAAUGCCUUCACACUGGGAGAAUGUAAAUACAGAGGAACCAUAUCAGCUUAUUCCUUUGCAAAAACAAACAAAUGAAUAUAAUGAAGUUUCUAAUCUCUUUGGGAAAACAAUGGAUAGCAACCGAAUUAAAAGAAUUCAGAGAAUUCAAAAUCUAGACUUGUGGGAGUUUUUUUGCAGGAAAAAAGCUCAGCUAAAGAAGAGAAGAGGUGUCCCUACCAUUAAUGAACAAAUGUUAUUUCAUGGUACCAGCAAUGAAUUUGUAGAAGCAAUAUGCAUUCAUAACUUUGACUGGAGAAUAAAUGGUAUGCAUGCUGCUGUGUAUGGAAAAGGGACCUAUUUUGCAAGAGAUGCAUCGUACUCCAGUCGUUUCUGCAAAGACGAUAUGAAGCAUGGAGACACUUUUCAAAUCCAUGGUGUCAGUCUGCAACAUCAUGUGUUCAGAACGUAUAAAAUGCAGAGUAUGGACUGUUUUUACCAGGUAGAAUCUGAUUGGGGAGGAGAAGAGGGACCAGAAGAAAGAUCAGAGAGACCUAAACUCCUGAAGAAGGGGAAGUGAGCAGUGGCUCCAGACUGAGUUUUGACAUGGAAGAAAGUUUAGUGAAAGAAAUGUGACCCAAAGCAACACGUGUGGGGUAAAGACUGAGGAGAAGACUAAGUGGAGAAGAAAAACUGAAGAAACAAAGCUUUGAAUGGUGGAUGUGAAAGUAAAUUAAAGAUAGGGGUGGUAAAGAAAAAAAGUGACUCCAAACCCACCUUCUGUGCAGACUUCCUGAAUGCUCAGCUCCUACCCAAUAUGCUCUGCUGGAGACGGAGCGCUGCACUGAGAGCCAGGAAGUCUGAUGUGGGUCACACUCCCUCUCUGACCCCUCUGUGUCAGCUAAAGGGCUCAGAGUAGUGUAAAGAGACUCUAAAAGCCUUUGAUCUGACUGGCAGAGAGUUCUCCCAGGGCAGGAACUGAGGAAGACAGUGAUAGACCUCCUUGCAAGCCCUCCUGUAAGAGGUGUGUUGGGGGCAGGGCCAAAACACACAACGUUGUGUAGCUUCUGGGCGGCACUGGUGUCCCUGGGCAGCCAGGGUUAGGUUGCCAUAACUUCGUGUGCACACAGUCUAAAUUACACUGGUUGCCUGUUGGGCCCCUGCAGCAGCCCAAAACUGGGAACACUUAAAGCGAUCUUAUCCCCACUCACCCUGGGGUGUGAGUUCUGAGCUGGGCAACAUGCCUAUGCCAAUUACAAUACCCAUGUUAUCACCUUGUCAUAAUUGACCAGUCAACGCUGCUGAGAAAAGUUCUGUUUUAUGUUUGGGAAGUCAGAGCAAUCAGGAUAAUAUUGUUCCAAAUAUUUCUGCUUUCAGAAAGGCCAGUUUUACUCACCUAUGCAUGACACUUUGGAGAAAAUAGUGUUCAGAGCUUAAAUAUUUAGCUUCUCUGGUUGUACAGUGCAAUGAACUAGGUUGGUCCUUAGGCACACAUGUAAUAAACAUGAUUAAUAACAGACCCCAAUAUAAUGAACUUCCUCCUGCUGUUUUGAAAAAGUCUCUUACCAAACAAGUUGGUAAGAGUGUCAGUUUCCCUCUGACCCAUAAGCUCUUUAACAAAUACACUGCAUUGUAGAGACAGUAUCUCCCUGAAAUAUCUUAUAGCACCUUUCAUUUAAAGGUCUCAAACCACUUUACAAACAUUGACUGACAACCUUACUAAAGGUCCUAUAAGGUAGGUAAGUACUAGAGAGAGAUGGCGUGAGACAUGAAUAAGAAAAUUUACAUAAUUUUUUUCAGCUCCCAGUGGGAGUCUUUUCAUUAACUUCAGAGGGAGUCUGUUUGGGCCCGAAGAGAAGGGGAUCAGAGCAGCAUGGAAGAAAUGACUAACAAACUAAGCGACGUACAAAGAGGGAACAUUCAGCUUUUUUUAGCAUUAAGAGAGGGAAUAAAUAAGCCACAGUAGAUCAGAUGGUUAAUGUCAUUUUGCUUUGAAAAACUCAAGUGGGAGCAAGCAGUGUUUUCGAGCACCUAGAAGCGUAAAUGUGCGUUGAAGAACAGCUUUGGGGUACUGAGCAUUAGAUGGUGUGAGACAAAAGGCCAUAGUUUCAGAAAGGGACACAAGACAAAGCAGACUUUAACGGUCCUGAUUUUUAAGCUGUUGAUUUGCACAGACUUACACUGUAUGAUAAUCCAUGCUCUUUAUGAUUCUGAAAAGAAGUGCCAGUUUAUGCAAUAGUCCUAAUUAACUGCACAAUCUUGUGCCAGUUUUGACUAAUUACAAUACAAGGUUUUUUAAAAAGA